AAGUGAAGGCCACUGAUUCUCUCCGCGUGCUGAUUAAUCUCUUUGUGGCGCUGUUCCUGCUCAACGUGGCCUUCCUGUCGAAUGAGUAUGUAGCGCGUGCGAAGGACGACACCGCCUGCAAGGUCAUGGCUGGAUUCAUGCACUACUGCUUGCUGGCCAGUUUCAACUGGUUUGCAGUGGAGGCUUUUCACCUCUGCCUGCAGAUGGCCAAACACUCGAUCACCAUCAAACAUUACAUGAUCAAGAUCUCUGUGUUUGGUUGGGCUCCUCCUGCUCUUGUUGUCAGUAUCAUUUUCGUCUUGGGCAAAUAUGGUGAGCAGACCAUAAAAACGGAAUCGAGCAAUGUAACUAUGUGCUGGAUUUUAGACUCUAAUGUCCACUACUAUGUGAACAUCGGUUAUUACUGCCUCAUCUUCAUCUUCACCUUCAGCACCUUCAUUGUGGUGCUGCGAUGGCUCUCCAUGCUGAAGCUGAGCAAGUUUAACGAGGCUGGAAAGGUGAAGCGCUCAGGAACUGCCACCUCUGACAUCACCACCAUCCUGGGCCUCUGCUGUAUGCUGGGAAUCACCUGGAGUUUCGCCUUCUUCAGCUUCGGAGCUAUGCGUCUGCCCUCGUAUUACAUAUUCACCAUCCUGAACUCCUUCCAAGGAUUUUUCUUGUUCAUAUAUUACUUGAAAGCAAGCACCCUCUUUGGAGACUCAGUGCCUUCAGAGGAGAGCGACACGACUGAAGAAACUGUUACAGAAAAUCCAUAUGAAGACCUCCCAACAGAAGACACUAAAAAAAUCAUCUAACUGUAAUCUAUACUUUUGAAAUGUCAUAUCUGUCUAUUGAUAUUUUACCUUCAUUUGUAUUAUAACAGUGAGUCAAUCCACUGCAAAUUCUGUCCUGUAACAUAUGCCACUCUAUUUGAACUCUUCAGAAUUUAAAUAAUUUGUGCUCUUUCAAUUCAUGAGUUUGAACUGAAUUGAAUUGCCCAACGGGAAGUUGAAUUGAUGGCUUAAUUGCAUUUGAAAGAAAUUCAAAGUAGAGGAAUUUCAUUAGUCCAAAAUAAGUUUUGAGACAAAAUAAAAAUAAAUAAUAUAAAAUAAAUAAAUAAAUUAUUUAUUUGGCUCCACAUCCUUUUUGCUGCCUCAAUUUUAAAGACAUUCUCAACUCAGUUCAAAUCUGAAUGUAUAAUAAUAUAAUCUGCUGUAUGAUUAUUUUUCAUUAAUGUGCUUAAACAUUUUCUUAGAAAGACUGUUUCAUACUUAACUGAAUUUCAUAAAACAAUGCCACUGAUGUAUUUGUCUUUACACUGUAGGCCUAUAUCAUUUUAUGCAUAUAUUUUUCAGGACAAAAUAAUUUGAACUCUUCAGAAUUUAAAUAAUUUGUGCUCUUUGAAUUCAUGAGUUUGAACUGAAUUGAACUGAUAGAAUAGAAUAGAAUAGAAUAGAAUAGAAUAGAAUAGAAUAACGAUUAUUCUACUACGAAAGAAAAGUUAUUACAGGCAGCAAAACGUUGAUAUGUAUUUUAUAAUUUUUAUAAGUACUGUAGGUUGGUAAAUUCCUGUCUUUAAUUUAUAUAAGUAGUUUCUAAACAGCUCUACAAGUUUAACUUUGUUGUGUUUCCAUUCCCUGUAUGCGUUUUACUGAAGAUAAGUCACAUAAACUCGUAAUAAAAUAACA